UUGACUCUUGGCUCAACCUUAUUCUCUUUCUAUUUCUACCUUUCUCUUUCCCCUUAUUCGUCCCUCUCUUUCUACGUUUCUCCUUUGGUCUUUGUAAGAUCUACAAAAACAAAACCCUAGAAAAGAGAAGAACCAGAGGAGAAUCAAUUAGAGAAUAAAAUUGAUGGGAAGAGGGAAGAUUGUAAUCCAAAGGAUCGAUGAUUCUACGAGUAGACAAGUCACUUUCUCCAAACGAAGAAAGGGUCUUAUCAAGAAAGCCAAAGAGCUAGCUAUUCUCUGCGACGCGGAGGUCGGUCUCAUCAUCUUCUCUAGUACCGGAAAGCUCUAUGACUUUGCCAGCUCCAGCAUGAAGUCAGUUAUUGAUAGAUACAACAAGAGCAAGAUGGAACAACAACAAUUACUAAACCCCGAAUCAGAAGUAAAGUUUUGGCAGAGAGAAGCUGCAGUUCUAAGGCAAGAAUUGCAUGCUUUGCAAGAAAACCACCGACAAAUUAUGGGGGAACAACUAAAUGGUUUGAGCGUCAAUGAACUAAACAAUCUUGAGAAUCAACUUGAGAUAAGUUUGCGUGGAGUUCGUAUGAAAAAGGAACACAUGUUGACUCGUGAAAUCCAAGAACUAAGCCAAAAGGUUACGACAAGUUAUAUGUAUAUAUAUAUUGCAAUUCUUAUUUUGCGAGUUUUUGGCUUGUGGGUGCAGAGGAACCUCAUUCAUCAGGAAAACGUUGAAUUAUCAAGAAAAGUACAAAGGAUUCAUCAAGAAAAUGUGGAACUCUACAAAAAGGCUUAUACAGCAAACACAAACGGAUUUAUACACCGUGAACUAAUCGUUGCGCAUGAUGAAUCACGCACUCAAAUUCGGUUGCAACUAAGCCAACCAGAUCAUUCAGAUUAUGAGACCCCACCAAGAGGAAGCGAAUAACAGCAAGUGAUUGAAGUUUGAAGAUACGAUGAUAUUGAAGAACAAAUCGAACGUUUGGUUUGAAUAAGGGACUUGAACUGGAAACAACGAAGAAACAUCAAGAAACGAAGCAUGUCUCUUGUGCAUUUUUAAUUAUCUAAUUGAAGCAUAUAUAAUACAAAAGAAAUACAAGGAAACCUGUGUUUAUUAUACUCUCCUGAGUAUAUAUAUUAAUA